CAGGCGGUCACCCUAAAAUGGACAUCACACAUUACAUGCCAUGCAAGAAACCCAGAAGGUCCACAAGAUUGGAGUUUAAAGAGAAAGAAGAACUGAAGGAAAAAUCCAUCCAGAAUGCUCGUCUGGGAUUCUUUGAUGUUCUGCCUAUUGAGCUGAAGUUCUUUAUACUGAAAUAUAUGACAGUGGAAGACCUUAGUCUGUUGACCAUCACAUCUAAGGCAUUCAGAAAUCUGGUUGAAGGUUACUUGGCCCUCAAUCCUGUGUUAAAGAAGGAGGUUAUAGACAGACUUCAUGUCCAGAGCAAAUAUCUACCAGUUCCUGUCUGCAAGCAGUCAGAUUUUGUGAUGCUAUUCUCCAGGCUAGGGUUGCUUGUGAAGAGAUCAACAUGCUUGUAUUCUACUAAAGACAGACUGAAAUUCAUAAAUGAAGUUCUUAUAAAGUUGCUGUGUUGUAACCGAACAGAGAGCUGCGAAGAUUUGAACAAGUGCCUUGCAAUGACAUGUUUUGGGAAAUUUCUGCACACUGUGAUAGCUGGUUGGGAUGACUGUGAGUGUGUGAGAACUUUUGAGUCCAUCUGCAGCCACACUUCGCUGAUGAAAAAUGUCGAGUUGGUGCUACGAGCGAAGUCAGGAGGACAUGCAAGAUUAGAGCUUGAGAUCCGAUGUUUCUAUCGGCGUGUAUUUCUGGACCAUUGUGGAAGCCUUCAGGACCGAGCAUUCUGGCUUACGCGUGUUCUGAAACCAUGGCCACUUGUGUACCAAGCACGAUUACUUUUCCUUCUAUACGGGCCUCUCCUAGGUGAUGAAAUCCUGUGGUGUGAGCUGAGUGAGAACACUCCAGUAAGUGCUGCCCAGUCCAGCCAGCAUAUAGGAGGCUUGGCCAGUGCCCUUCAGAUUCUUCAUCAUUACAAGCAGGAGUGGUCUGAGGAUGAUAUUAUUAGCAUCAUAGAUGAACUCACCAGUUCCCCUGAGGAGUGGCUGGCAGAGAACAUGGCUCAUCUGCUUAUUUUGUGUGGAGAUGUGAUCACUUCCAAGCUGCUUAUCAGCAAGGCCAUCAACGGACGUAUGCUAGAGCUCUCCAGUCUGACCACCUCUUUCUGUGUGGUAUGUGUGAAGAACAGCCUUAAUCUGAACUAUGUGAUAACAAUGAUCCGACACGUGCUCACCGUGAUAGACAGCGUAAAGGACAGGCAGACAUUCUUCUCCAGUAUCAUGGAUAUGUUCAAGGAACUUAUCAUUGACAUACAUGAAUUUGAAGAAGAGCAGGCAAAUGAUGACAUGUUCUACAUGAUCACAGCUCUGGUAGAGUUUACCAAGAAAAUCAUCAACCUAGCCUUCAAAGACUCACUGUCAUGA